CGCCGAUAAUGGCGAUUAAUCAAAGACAUCGCGGAAGCGGACAUGCUGUAGGACACUUUUCGGACUCUUGUGUUUGGUAUUGUGGUGAUUGAGGAACCAUUGGGGCCGCAUUCAUCUCUUGAAACUACAGGAGCAUUCCAAGGGAACGUGAGAGACGACGCAAGUCGAAUUUCGCCAUGGCGUUCGCCAAAAUGCUCCUCUUGGUCCCUCUCCUGGCAUCUCAAUCGCUGGCGCUCAACUCCCCGGGUUUCCCAUUCGUGAUCAAUACCUGGGGUGGCCCUUUCACCGCAGCCACGGACGCGGCGUACCUCGCGCUGCGAAACGACCCGUCCAAGUCCGCGCUCGACGCCGUGGAGAUCGGCUGCGCCACCUGCGAGGCCAACCAGUGCGACGGCAGCGUGGGCUACGGCGGGUCACCGGACGAGGACUGCGAGACGACCCUCGAUGCCAUGAUCAUGGACGGCGAGACCAUGAAGUCCGGGGCCGUGGCCGCGCUGCGGCGCGUCAGGAAUGCUAUCGGCGUCGCGCGUCACGUGCUCGAGCACACGUCGCACACGCUGAUCGCGGGCGACUUUGCGACAGCCUUCGCGGUGCAGAACGGGUUCGUGGAGGAGGAUCUGGGUACAGAUAGUUCCAGACAGAGCUGCGCUGAGUGGAAAGCGGGCGGGUGUCAACCGAACUAUAGACUGAACGUUGAGCCCAAUGCUACGCUCGCCUGUGGGCCGUAUACGCCGGUGUUGCUGAACUCGACGAGCUCGACGUAUGGAAGUUUGAUUGCGCCGGAUGCGGUGCAGGCUUCGCAUGAUACGAUCUCCAUGAUUGCCAUCCAUUCCUCUGGUGUCAUGGCAGCGGGCACGUCGACGAACGGCGCGUCGCGUAAAGUUCCCGGGCGUGUGGGAGAUGGUCCCAUUACGGGCAGUGGUUCGUACGUCGACAGCGAGGUUGGCGCGUGCGGUGCGACGGGCGACGGAGACGUCAUGAUGAGGUUCCUGCCAUGCUACCAAGCUGUUGAGAGUCUGAGACGUGGACUGUCUCCUCAAGAAGCUGCAAACGACGCGGUUUCACGAAUGGUGAAGAAAUAUCCAAAAAUCUCGAGUGGCAUCGUAGUGGUGGACAAGAAUGGUCAACAUGCUGGCGCAGGGUCGGGCUGGACGUUUACAUAUGCUUACCGAGGUGGAAAUAUGAACGAGACGACUGUAGUUUCAGUACCACCGAUAGAUACAGUCGAGUCUAUUCUGGACUAUCGAGAGCAGAAACAGCUCUAAAAGAAACCAAGCAUGAGUUUUCCUGGGACAACAACCACGAGAAUACUAGAGAGGCUGGGGCGACUGAGAAGAAAAAGAAAAGUUCUGUUUGUUGCAGAUUCAAUAAAGAUACGAUCCUUGAAGUUUAACAUAAUACCACUGAGUUAAUGACUA